UAGUCACCUGUCCAAGAGCGACCAAUAGGAAUAAGACAACGAAUUUAAAUUCAAGCCGCGGUUGUUGGAAGCGACACACGUUCUUGUAUCACAACAAUCAACAGCAGAAGGCAAGCCGUAAGCAGACGCGGGUUUUCGAGCACAGAGGCGUAAAGCUCCAAUGGAGAACAUAAUCUUUGCCGAGCAAGAAAAUGUCCGUCUUCAUGCACCUUCACAGCUUAUGCGGGAACGACUCAAGUCUGCUCCAGAGAAACUUCUCAAGUCUCCUAUGACUGCUAAAGGUAUUACGACGCCACUGCCAUCUGGUCGUAGGGCUUUUGGAACAGUGAACAAGAUUUCAACCCCUGCAGUCAAUGCACAGGAGAAAAAACUGUUGAAGCCACAGGAAACUAAGGUGAAAUUGCCUUCUCACUCCAAAGGAGAGGACUAUCCAGAAGUUGAGCAGUUCUUCCCUUAUGACCCAUUAGAGUUUGAGAAGUACAGUGUACCAGAAGAUUUGGUUCCUCUUAGUUGCCUGGCUCUACCUGGAUUGGCAUCUUUUACCCACAACCUUCCAGCUCUGGAUGAGGAAAAGCUGGAAGAACUCUCAAACCCCUUGCCUGUGAAAAUGCCAGAGCCUUCAGAUAACUGCGGGGAGCUGGCUGCGUUUCUUCUAACCCUUGAUGAGCUGAUUGAGCUUCCUUCAGAAUCAGACUUUUAAUUUGUUUCAUUUGUAAAUUUUCUUGUUUAAAUAAAGUUGCUUUACCUCUUUA